UAAGAAAUUUCACUAACCAAAAAAUCUGAAAUAAUCUUACCCAAUGAAGAAAAAAACACUAUCUUGCCUUCUACUAAUUACAUUAAUUUUUAUAUCAAACUCUUUACUUUAUGAAUCAGCUUCUGUACCCAACUCAGUGCUCGACACGACGGGAAAAAUCGUUCGAGCAGGGCAUGAUUACAUGGUCAUACCAGUAAGGAAGGAUUUAGGAGGCGAACUUGGCCUAGCCUUUAUUGGAACCCAAGUUUGUCCACUCGGUAUUGGCCCACGUCUCAGUCCAAAUGAUCCAGGCCUUUCAAUAAAUUUAUUCCCUGUAAAUUUCAAAAAAGGUGUAAUUCGCGAGUCCACUGAUUUAAAUAUUGAGUUCACAGAGACUUAUACCAUAUGUCAACAUCACUCCAAUGUGUGGAGGCUCGAUCAUUAUAAUCCUCAAAAGGAGGAUCAUGUGAUAACUAAUGGUGGGGUGAAAGGAAAUCCUGGUCGUGACACUUAUAGCAAUUGGUUCAAGAUUGUGAAAUAUGGAGCCGGAUAUAAGUUUGUAUUUUGUCCGAGUGUAUGCAAUUAUUGUGAUGUGAUAUGCAAGAACGUUGGAAUUUUUGUGCAGAAGAAUGGCCAAGCACUUUUGGCUUUGAGUAACGAGCCUUUAGAAGUCAUGUUCAGGAAGGUGUAAGAAUAUUACAUGUGUUCUUCUAAAUACAUACUGCUUCAAAAAAAUUCUGAUAAUAAGUGAAUAAGAAAUCGAAUAUGCAGUAAUCAUAUGCGAUUCAGUUUCUUGUAAUGUGUACUCUAAUAAAAAGAUCUACAUUUUUGU